AUGCUAAAGCGACAGAGAGCUGGCUCGGUAGUUGUCAGCUCUGCGGCGCAAGGCGAGGAGUGGUGGCAAGACCCAUCCAACUGCUCUGAUGCUUGCUUCAUGUGGAAGCGCCAGUGGAACCCCGAUUGGGACUUCCGUUCGCCGCCAACUGGGGAGAAGUCCAAGGUGGGCAAGAUCCGGCAUCUGCUCUUCAUCCGGCAUGGGCAAUAUGAUCUGGAGGGCGAGGAGCACCGCCUCACGGAGCUGGGGCGCAGGCAGUCGGAGAAGUUGGCGCAGCGGCUGGUGGCGGAGCGCCAGGGACUGAAGAAGGAUCGCUACGGAGAGGUGAAGAUCAAUUACACUGGCAUUUGGGUCAGCAACGUGCCUCGCGCCCUAGAGACAGCACAAAUCCUCAGCUCGUUCCUGCCAGAUGUGCCGCUAAAGGAGCCUGAGCCAUUGCUGGCGGAGGGCAAACCUACGGUGCCACACCCGACCUCCUCAGCCAAGGGCUUCGUGGGCGCGGACCUUUGGGAGGACUCCGUUCGCAUGGAGGCAGCCUUCCGGAAGUAUGUGCACCGCGAUGUGGAUCACAAGAAGUUGGCAGAGAAAAAGGCCAAAAAGGAGAAGAAGAAAAAACAAGAGUUGGGAGAUGGCUACGUGCCGCCGGAGAAGGAGGAGGAGCCGGAGCCAGAGCCCAAAGAGCCGGAGCAUGUCUUCGAGAUCUACGUUUGCCACAUGAACAUGAUACGAUACAUGGUGAUGCGGGCCCUGCAGCUGCCUCCGGAGGCCUGGCUCCGGCUGCGCGGGGACAACACAAACAUCACGGAGAUCGUGGUGCAUCCAGACGGGCGCGUCAGCCUCCAUCGCUUCGGGGAUGUGGGGCAUUUGCCAGUGGAGAUGGCGACCUUCCACUGA